AGAGAGAAGGGGAGGGGUGGACUGUAUUGUUCUUCUGCAGGGAAAAAUAGGGCUAUCAGUUCCACUCAGAUAACCCCCCACAACGUCAUUGGCCCUCUGGCCACGCCGUGACCCCUGGGGCCUGAACUGGGUGGUCAUGUGACUGGGGCUGAAAGUGACCAGCAGGGCCACGGUGGGAGGAGGAGGAUCAGAGGCAGCCAGAGCUGGAGAGGAGAGGAGAGGGGAGGAGAGCGCAGGGGAGAGAAAGCUGGACUGAGAAGAGGCAGGGAGAGAGAGACAUGAGGCCUAAGCCCUGCUGCUCCAGGAGGAUACAUGUAUGAAUGAAUGGCAGUGGGAUCGGAAGAGACAUGAGAUGGAUUCAUGGGAAGAUGACCAGGCUGAGCAGCGCUCCUGUCUCAUUUGUGGAGACCGCGCCACAGGACUGCACUAUGGCAUCAUCUCCUGCGAGGGCUGCAAGGGCUUCUUCAAGCGCAGCAUCUGUAAUAAACGCGUGUACCGCUGCAGCCGCGACAAGAACUGCGAGAUGUCCCGCAAGCAGCGCAACCGCUGCCAGUACUGCAGGCUGCUCAAGUGCCUACAGAUGGGCAUGAACAGAAAAGCAAUCAGGGAGGAUGGCAUGCCAGGAGGAAGGAACAAAAGCAUCGGACCUGUUCAGAUUUCCGAUGAGGAGAUCGAGCGAAUAAUGUCUGGGCAGGAGUUUAAGGAUGAGGCCAACAUGCCGGAGCACACCUGGGGAAACAAUGGCGACAGCGAUCACAGUUCCCCUGGCAACGGCGUCUCCGAUGGCAACCAGCCCUCUCCUGCGUCUACGCUAUCCUCAAAUCGCUCAGUGGAGCUGAAUGGCUACACAGCAGCUUUGAGAGAGCAGUACAUCGGCAGCGCAGUGGCCCAACACUACCAGUUCCUUCCACACCUGUUUGGAUACACAGCACAGCCCCGCAGCCUGUACCCUCAGAGUCAUACCCUCAUCAGCCAGCUGGUGGCAGCAGAGGAACUGGCCCCACUGGGCACACCCAUGCUCAUAGAGGACGGGUAUCGGGUGACCCAGGUGGAGCUCUUUGCUCUCCUCUGUCGUCUGGCUGAUGAACUGCUCUUCAGGCAGAUCUCCUGGAUCAAGAAGCUGCCGUUCUUCUGCGAGCUCUCCAUCGAGGACUACACGCGUCUGCUGAGCGCCACCUGGCAGGAGCUCAUCCUUCUGGCCUGCCUGACCGUCUACAGUGCCCAGAUCCUGGGUGACCUGGCCAACGUCACUGAUAAAUACACACCGUCCGAUGAUGAGCUGCAGGGGUUCAGUGAGGAUGGUAUGGAGGUGAUGGAGAAGCUGAUCUAUCUGUUCCGCAAGUUCCACCAGUUGAAGGUCAGCAAUGAGGAGUAUGCCUGCAUGAAGGCCAUCAACUUCCUGAACCAAGAUAUCCGAGGUUUGACGAAUGUGUCCCAGUUGGAGCAGCUGAACAAGCGGUACUGGUAUGUGUGCCAGGACUACACUGAGUACAAAUACCCUCACCAGCCCAAACGCUUCCCCGAGAUCAUGAUGUGUCUCCCAGAGAUUCGCUGCAUCGCAGGGAAGUUGGUCAACGUCCCUUUAGAGCAGCUCCCCCUGCUGUUCAAGGCAGUCCUGCACUCCUGUAAGACCAGCCUGAACAAUUACAGGACAAGCUCCUCCCCCUGUGUGACGAAGGGUACCGCCCCUGCCAACUAAGCCCGCCCCCCUCUGACCUAAGAAGCGACCCUUCUCACCUACAAUUGCACGGGGGGCGGGGUGCUGGAGGUGUUGCUAUUGGGGGCGGGACUUCUGGUACCCCUGCCCCCUCAUUGAAUGUGACUAGCAGCUAUUUUAUACUUCUUUUUUCCUCUCUAUCUCUCUCUCUAUUUAUUACCAGACAGAGCUGAAUGUAUACUAAUCCACACUGUGCCCGUUCCAAUCCUGUUUGUACGGGAAAUGCACAAAAUCCGCGGCAGAGUUUUCUGCUCGCUAGUCCGAGUGCAGGAUGUGUUCGUGACGCCACUGCUAGGAUUAGAGUUACAGUUGUUACAGUUUUAUUUUGUUGUUUUGUUUGUUUUCUGAUGGGGACGUAGACAUGUGGGAUGAAGUGUGUUUGUAUAGACUACCUCAAUGAGACCAAUCCCUCUCUCUCCAGAUGACGUAGGUGGGCUGAUUUGUGUGUGCUGCACAUAACACACCCUUGUACUGUAAAGCCUGCAGGAGAGAGACGGAUGGUCAGUAGUCAUCAAGACCCUUUGUCAUCAGUAAGACGGGGGGGUUAAGUACAUCCCAUAAUCGUAGACUGGGGAUGGAAGACUUUACUGGAGAGCUGCAUACAGUUUAUCUGUUAGCGUGUUUCUUUUGAUGUUGUGCUUUUUUUUUUUUUUUUUACACAGUGUUAUGUAAAGGUGGUGGGGAGUAAGUGAACCGUUCCACAAGUGGUGGUAGAACAAAUCCAGAACCAUAGGCAUACUACUAAGGGGAAAGAGAGAAAGGACAGCAGCUUCUGUCACAGCAACACUGAACCUGAGCUCACAACAGCAACCAUGCAACUGCUCACUAUACAGAGACCUAGAAUAGCUCAUUCUGCUGAGAUCUUCAACAGCUGAUUCUGUAGCUGUCCUGAACUGAUCAUUAUGAAGGAUUUUAGAAUAUUUAGACAGCUCUAGAACAGCAGUUUGGGUUUUCUAGAACACUUGCAAAUGUCGCAUUUUAGAAUAGCUAAUGCUGAGGUCUUAAAUAUAGUACAUUUUUACAAGUUCUGGAGGCUCUUAUAGUGCAGAGCAUUAAAGCAACACAUUGUGCUGAGUUCUAACAUAGCCUGUUACAUAAACCUUAUGUGUAAGUAUGUUCUCAAUGGCUUUUCCAGGCCUUUUGAGACUAUUACUAAUGCUGACUUAUCAACAGGGCAUUCUGUUGGCAAGUAAAAAGUGGUGAAGAUGUUCAGCAGUUGAAUUGGUGGUGACGUGUUAUGGUGCUGUGUGUGCCCCUCUCUCACAAGCUCCUCACCUUCAACUGGACUGAUCUUUUUAAAACAGGGUAAAUCUACCGAUUUAUAGACUUCUCUCAACAUAGGUUGAUCUCAGGUAUCACAACAAUGAUGCUAGUUUUGUAGUUUGUAGGUUCUGGACAUUGUAGGUCCUUUUUAGAUUGUGUUUUUUUUUGUUUUUGUUUUUUGUCUUAUUAUUCAGGAAAGAGGGGAGUGUUGUUUUUUGAAGGGUGUUUAUGAAAUUAAAUGAUCAAAUGCAAAAAAAAAAAAAAAAAAUUACCACUAACCCAAUAAAAAAGAAAGUAACGUGGCCAUGACACAUUUAGUCUGGCUUUAAUGGGGGACUACCCCGGCCGGCCUUGGGAAUGCAUGAGGUAUUUUGUUGCUGUUGUCGAGGCACCGUCGGUCACGCUCCCUCUCAACUCUCAGUUCAAACAUUCCAAAAAAUCAUUAGAUUUUGCGUCGAGUGAUGUUUACAUAUUUUUGCACCAGACAAUGACAAGCGGCGGGCCAUGCCAAAGAUGCGUGUUCGCUUGGUAAUGCCCCCCACUCCCCGUCCCCCACCCCAAGGCCUCUCGAGUGCAGCUAAAAUCAGAGCGGUAACACGUGGAGACAAGUUAGGAUUUUGGCUUUUGGUGUUUGUAGCAUCAUAAGCGCAGGUGACAGGAGUAUUCAGCCAGAAAAUCUGAUGUAGAGUUUUUUUCCGUUUUUGCUUGAAUGUAGAAAGCAGAUCAGCUAAGACGCGUUUGGAGUCUGCAGCUUUUGCUUCGUUUUGUGUCUUUAUUUUUGCGCUGGGCUGGAGCUACAAGGCUAAUGUGGCUAACAGUAAUAGAAGCUUUUGCCAAUGUCAGUUUUGUUGUUAAUAUUAUAACACACUCACCUCAAACAUAACAAAUAGGACACAAAUAUGGGUAACACUUUUAAAAAUGCUGCUACUGUUUUUAUUCUGUUACUGAGUUUAUUAGCUGGCUUAGCCUUGAGCUCCUUAAGCUCUUUCGUAAGAAUAAAUAGAUGCAGCAAACAGCAAAUGAAUGUUCUUCACGUUUUGGCUGAUGAGCUUUGAGGGGUUUAAGCAUUUGAAGUAAAGGAAAUAUUGUAUUGAUUGGAUUUUUUUGCCGAAGUGUUUCCUAGAAUAUAUUUUUAUUUUUGCUGAUCAGAGUCUAUUGAUUGUACCAUGUUUUGAUGUACCAAGACCAAAUGCUACCAUUGUUUCCAUCCACCACAUCAUGUGUCCUUAAGUGUGUUUAGGAGCUGCCUGAAUUGCAGUUUCUGUCAACUCUUUUUCAUCCCGUCUUAAGCGUUUUGCCUCCAUUUGUUGUUUUUGUCAUACCUUAUUCCAUGUUUACUCUCAUAACUAUUGUUAAUGUUCCUUUAUUUUUUAUUUUUUGUAUUUCGCUACGGAGUGAAGGCCUCUCUCACUGUUUGUCAGAGCUCGUUGUAUUUUGGCUUUUUUUUUUUGUGAGGCGUCUCUCACAAGCCACACUGGACCCGUCCUAAAACUGGGCUUCACUCAUUCAGGUUGAGUUGUUGCGCUUGUUAGAGCUUGUAAGGCUCUCACUUGUGGCAUGCUACUUCAUCUGUAGCAAGAAAACACAAAACCAAGAUGUUUCUGAUCAAAAACAUUUCCAGUCAUGGCCAUUUAUCCUAAGCCUGUUUUGCGUUUCAGUGUAGUUCCACUGCAUUUUUUCACCUAUUAUACACUCCAACGUUUGCGUUCCUCUUUAAGAGAGAGUGUUUCUCUAAGCACUCCAUAGGUCUAACCAGAGGGCUAUUGUGUGGAAAUGUCCAGGCAUCCACAGUGGAGGUUUAUCAGGACGUUCUCUGUGGAGAUAUUUUCCAAAGCUCAGGGAUUUUUUUCAUAAUUUUCUUUUGUCAAUCAGAGACGCUUCACAAAGACCCCAAUCAUGCUCGGCCGCGACCUUUCCUGACCUCUCGGUCUCCACCGAUUAAAGAUGGUGCUCUCGUAGACUGCGGCAGGAGAAUGAAAAGGUGGACGAGGGCGUCCACGGUGGAAAGGCAGCUUUGAAACUUCACGCAAACAUAUGGUCUCGCUACAUUGAAAUCAGUUCUUCCAUUUGCAGAUGCCACUUCUUCGAAAGCCUUCACCUUCAGCUUAAACACUUCUGAAUGAUAUGUAUGAUUCACAGACUUCACUGAGCUUGAAGCUGUGUUAUCUGACCUCAAAAAUCUCUCUGAUUAGAGGGUCUUACACACAUACACACACACACACAUAUACAUAAAUAAAUACACAGUGGCAUGCACGGGUUUGGGCACGCCUGCUCAAAAGAUCUGUUGCUGUGAAUAGUUAAGACAUGAUUUAUUUCAUUUAAAAAGUUAAAGAUGGCAUUCACUUUAUGUAUACUUUAUUACUUUAAGCAAGAUUGCGUUUUGAUUGCAUCUUUUAUUGUUUUAAAUUACAAAAAAAAGGCGACGAUGCAUGAUCCAUCCACCCCCAUGCUGAACAGUUUAACAGAGCUUUUGACCAGGUUUGCCCAAACCUUUGCAGUGCACUAUGUACAGAUAUCCUCCCAAAACUGCAUUUGUAUUUUUUGUACUGUUUUUUGUUUUUCCUUCUUUUGUGUUUUCUACAUUGAAACUACCUCUUUUUUGUCACCAUGUUGCGUGCUUUCAUUACGAAAAAGUAUUACUCUUUAUUUAUUGGUUUCAUAGCGCCGGUCACCCUCUUUUUUUUUGCUCAGUAGCUUCAGUCAGGUGUUCGGCAGGUGCGCCGGUACACAGUGGCUGCCGCUGAUCACCUGACAUGGUUUCCAUCCACUGAACAUCAUUAGCUGCUGCAGGCAAUACUGGCAUUUUAGACAUUUUAUGGCUCCAUUCUGUCCGUUCUGUGUAUCGAGGAAGAUUGUAUUUUUCUCAGUGCAAUGUUUCUUUAAAUGACCAGUAUUAUAUUUGUUGUUGUAAACACUUUUUUUUUGUGUGUGUGAAUUAUUUUCAUUAAGAAUGUAAUUCUUGUCAUGACUGACACUGUUUUGGCGAUCGCUGUUUACAGACGUUUGUUUUUCUUUGUUGUUGUUUACCCACUAAUCAUUGUAAUGCUGUGACACUUUUCAGCCAAUCAGUUUUCUUUCGCUUAAUUGUUACGGGUAUGAACUGAUUGGUCUUUCUGAGACUAUCAAAAAAAAGUGCUGUCAGUUUUACACAGAGACUUAAUAGCUUGUGGAGUUUAUUCUCUUUUUAAAUUCUCUUUGACUUGAAGGGAAACUCUAAUGAGACACGAUGGUGAAUGUCGGGCUUUAAACCAAACCAAAUGGAGCCAGAUGAGGAGAUUCAUUAACAUAGCUGGUAUCUCAGGGAACGGACGCACUCUAGAUUUUUUUUUUUUAAUUCACACACACACCAUUACUGAUAAAAUUAUUAAGAGUGUUUGUUGCCCCAAACCGAUCAUACUCAUAUAAAAAAACUAAAAGGUCAACCAAAAUCAAACCUGGCAUGACCUUUCAGUUCAUGAUUUUACUCAGUUUGUGUAUUAUUUGUAGGAGUGCCGUCCGAAGUGCUUUUCCAAAGCUAUGUUUCUGUCCUCUCUUUCGUCUGCUCUUCUUACUUUAACUACCUGUGGAAAAAUAAUGUGACCCAUACGUGUUAUGAAAGCAUGUUUAGAAUGUUUUAGAACUUGAAACCAAAUAAAUGUGAAUCUUAUGCAACUGUGAAA